UUCCCAAACAAAUCUAGGAAUGGAAGGUACUCUAUAAAUUUGUGUCCGUCCCCAUACUCCCACUUGUUUCGAACUUGUCCGAGAUGAUGAACACAACCAGUUCAGUAGCAUCACACUUUCUUCACCCUCUUUAGCCCUAAUCACUCUCUCUUUGUAGUUACAGUUUCUGCGGAUUGUUCAGAAUUCUCAUGGAAGUUGCAGCCGAAUCCGCACUUCUCAAUCCAUCAACAUUUUUCCCUCGUUCCAGCCCUUCAUUUCUCGCUGCCUCUCACCCUCAGAUCAGAUUACCCACCAAGAAUUUCCCUUCAAAUCUGCUCUUCUCUUCUCGAAUUCCCACCAAUUGCAUCGUCCAGUAUGCUCGCAACGACUUGUUCAGUUCCAGAUUCCAACAAAAUCGGAGUUUUGUUUGCAGAUUCCAACAAAGUGAGGUUCAUGGCGUUGAAGACUCGAUUACGAGUUUGAAAUUAGGGUUUUUUGUAAAUCGGAGAAUUAUUGUGUUGGCUGCUACUGUUAUUGGGGUUUUAGUGUUUGGGUGCCGAAGAGUUUUUGCGGUGGAAGAGGUUGUGGAUUCGGGUUAUGGGGUUAUAGGACAGAACAUAUUGUUAUUGAAGAGUUAUUGGCCGAAACUUUCGCAGGUUCUUCGGGUUUUCAAAGAGCAAGGUUUGGUUUUGGCUGCUCUUUUGGGUCUCUCUGCGUUUUUCUCUAUGGCUGAAACUUCAAUUACCACUCUUUGGCCUUGGAAGGUGCGAGAGUUGGCUGAAAAGGAAUCUGAGGAUGGUGUUUUCAAAAUGCUUAGCAUUGAUGUUACGCGGUUCCUAACAACUAUACUUAUUGGCACAACUGUGGUAAACAUUGGAGCAACUGCACUUGUCACAAAAGCAGCAACGACAAUAUUUGGUGAAGUUGGUGUGAGUGCAGCUACUGGGGUGAUGACUGUUGCUGUUUUGCUCCUCACCGAAAUUACUCCAAAAAGUAUAGCUGUGCACAACGCCACUGAGGUUGCUAGGUUUGUGGUCAGGCCAGUGGCGUGGCUUUCCUUAAUAUUAUAUCCUGUGGGAAGAGUUGUUACAUAUCUAUCAAUGGGAAUGCUAAAAAUGCUUGGUCUGAAAGGAAGAAGUGAACCAUAUGUUACUGAAGAUGAACUGAAGUUGAUGUUGCGAGGAGCAGAAUUAAGUGGGACAAUUGAGGAGGAAGAACAGGAUAUGAUUGAAAAUGUGCUAGAGAUAAAAGAUACCCAUGUUAGAGAAGUAAUGACACCUCUUGUGGAUGUUGUUGCCAUUGAUGCCAGUGCAACACUCGUUGAUUUUCACCACUUGUGGGUGACUCAUCAGUAUUCUAGGGUGCCUGUUUUUGAGCAGCGUGUUGAUAAUAUAGUGGGUAUUGCUUAUGCUAUGGAUCUUCUGGAUUCUGUUCAAAAGGGGGAGCUACUAGAGAGUUCUGUUGUGGGGCAUAUGGCACACAAACCUGCAUAUUUUGUUCCUGAUUCAAUGUCAGUCUGGAACCUUCUCAGAGAGUUUCGCAUCAGGAAGGUCCACAUGGCUGUGGUACUUAAUGAAUAUGGUGGAACUGUUGGAAUAGUAACCCUAGAAGAUGUGGUUGAGGAAAUUGUUGGUGAAAUCUUUGAUGAAAAUGAUUCAAAAGAGGAAAUCCAGAAAAAAACUGGCUAUAUUGUAAUGCGAGCAGAUGGAAUAUAUGAUGUGGACGCGAAUACAUCAAUUGACCAGCUUUCUGAAGAUCUCAAUAUUAAAAUGCCCGAGGGUCAUCAAUACGAGACAGUGUCAGGUUUUAUCUGUGAGGCGUUUGGAUAUAUCCCAAGGACUGGUGAGACUAUAAAAGUAGUACUUGAAAAGGCAGACCAAGAAGAGCAUGAUGAAUAUACUGAAGCAGAAUCUGACCGCCAAGAUGAAAAAGAAAAACAUCAAAAUUUUAAGCUUGAGAUAUUAGCAGGAAAUUGCAGAAAGGUGAGUGCAGUUCGGUUUGAACAGGUAAACUAUGAUGAUGCGACACUGGAGGUGAAAGAAGUAACACGCUUGUUUCCUAAAAUCAUGAAAAGGAAAUGGAGCAGCAAUGAAGACGCAGACAAGACUGAUGACUAUGAGGAGGUUCCACACGAAAAGAGAGCAGAUGAUGAUGAUCUUUCUGCUGACUAUAUAAUUAAUGAACAUGAAAAUGAUCAUGAUGAGCAUCCCUGUAAACAGUAGUUAACAUUAUUCACAUUUUUCUCACUCUUACAACACCAAAAAGGAGCUAUAGGAAUGAAAACAUCAUAAAAACAGGAGUUUUUUUCACAGAUGAAGAGAAGUAUCAAUAUCCGAGUCCUCACAA